AUGUCGAUGCGCAUCGUGCCCGCCAACUCCAACCCCGACUCCUUCACCCACACAUCACACAUCUCAUCCGCCCCCUCCGCGCCCGGCGUCCACGACACACUCCGCCAUGGCGUCGGCCAGUCGCCCUACGACGCGGCCAGCAACAAGCCCUCGUCCGCUCACCCCCUCGAAGCCCGUCUGAAGAACUGGGAGGCCACGCAGGAGGCUGUCCGCAUGGAGUCACUCCGCCGUACGUUUGGCAUCGCUGAGCCCGUCCGUCGAGCCAUGGAGCUCAAGAUUGUGAGGGAUGGCGAGUGGCGACCUUUGGCUCUGGGAAACAACUUGGCCAGCGUGCAUGAGGAUAUUUUGAAGGGUCGGGAAGAUACGAUUACCUGGGAGGAUGUGUUUACCGGCGAGGAGAUGAGAGGUGUUACUGGGGUCCAUGAUGAGAUGGAGAAGAAGCUCAAGAUUCAGUAA